AUGGCCGCGGGCGACACAUCGCCAACGGAGUCGCGAGAGACGUCUGUCUAUGUGACUCAAGACGACAACUUGAUCGGCACGCUGACGGUGAGGGAGACGAUCUCGUACUCGGCGCGCCUCCGGCUCCCCGACAACAUGCCCAUGGAAGAGAAGCGUGCCUUGGUGGAGGGCACCAUCGUGGAGAUGGGGCUCCAGGACUGCGCGGACACGGUCAUCGGCAAUUGGCACCUGAGGGGGGUCAGCGGCGGCGAGAAGAGGAGGGUCAGCAUUGCCCUGGAGAUACUCAUGAGGCCUAGGCUGCUCUUCCUGGAUGAGCCCACCAGUGGCCUCGACAGUGCUUCGGCGUUCUUCGUGACGCAGACUCUGCGCGGGCUGGCAAGGGAUGGCCGGACCGUGAUCGCCUCCAUCCACCAGCCCAGCAGCGAGGUCUUCGAGCUUUUCGAUCGCCUCUAUCUUCUCUCAGGGGGCAAAACAGUCUACUUUGGGCAGGCUUCCGAGGCUUGCGAGUUCUUUGCCCAAGCUGGAUUCCCGUGCCCGCCGCUGCGCAACCCCUCGGAUCAUUUCCUCCGGUGCAUAAACGCGGACUUCGACAAGGUGAAGGCCACACUGAAAGGAUCAAUGAAGAUGAGAUUUGAGAGGUCCGACGAUCCCCUCGAGCACAUCACGACUUCGGACGCGAUCACAAGGCUGUUCAGCUACUACCAGCACUCGCAGCACUACUUGACGGCGCGGCAGAAGGUCGACGAGAUGGCACGGGUGAAAGGGACGGUCCUGGACGCAGGGGGGAGCCAGGCCAGCUUUGGGAUGCAGGCCUUCACGCUCACCAAGCGAUCGUUCGUCAACAUGUCGAGGGACUUCGGGUACUACUGGCUGAGGCUUGUCAUCUACAUUGUGGUCACCGUCUGCAUUGGAUCCAUCUACCUCAACGUCGGCACCAAAUACAACUCCAUCCUGGCACGGGGCGCGUGCGCGUCCUUCAUCUUCGGCUUCGUCACGUUCAUGUCGAUCGGAGGGUUCCCGUCUUUCGUGGAGGACAUGAAGGUGUUCCAGAGGGAGCGGCUGAACGGGCACUACGGCGUGCUGGCGUUCGUGAUCAGCAACACGCUGUCGGCGAUGCCGUUCCUGAUCCUCAUCACCUUCCUGUCGGGGACGCUGUGCUACUUCAUGGUGCGCCUCCACCCGGGCUUCAUGCACUACCUCUUCUUUGUGCUCUGCCUCUACGCCAGCGUCACCGUCGUCGAGAGCCUCAUGAUGGCCAUCGCCAGCAUCAUCCCCAACUUCCUCAUGGGCAUCAUCAUCGGCGCAGGGAUACAGGGGAUAUUCAUGCUGGUGUCGGGGUACUUCAGGCUCCCGCACGACAUCCCGAAGCCCUUCUGGAGGUACCCCAUGUCCUACAUAAGCUUCCACUACUGGGCGCUGCAGGGGCAGUACCAGAACGACCUGGUGGGGCUGGUGUUCGACAACCAGGACGAGGAGCUGCCCAAGAUCCCGGGGGAGUACAUCCUGGAGAACGUGUUCCAGAUCGACGUGAGCCGCUCCAAGUGGCUGGACCUGUCCGUGCUCUUCGGCAUGAUCGUCAUCUACCGCCUGCUCUUCUUCGCCAUGAUCAAGGUCAGCGAGGACGUGACGCCGUGGGUGCGCGGGUACGUCGCCAGGAGGAGGGUGCAGCACAAGCGCAGGGAGGCGGAGCUCGCCAUGGUCCGGACGCCCUCGCUGCGCGGCUACGUCGUCGACGCGGCGCCGGAGCUGCCGGCCGAUCAACCGUGAUCGGUGAUCGAGAAUGGAAGAUGAAUGGCCUGAGCUGAAUCGGCAUACAUGAUCCAUAAUGUGUGAUCCUUGUGUGGCGUGAGUACAAUCUGACGAUGCAUCAUUAAGAUGGCAUCUUGUAGCAGUAAGGUUGUCACUCAAAUAGUGCUCCGAAUGGCAACAAUUUAUAUGAAGUGUACUACAAUCUGAUGAUUCGUCA